CGCCGUCACGUCGCCGCGACACCAAUUCCCACCCACCCCGCGCGCAAACAUGUCCGACGAACGUCCCUCGCGAUCGCGCUUCGACAGCGACGAGCCUGAACGCCCAACACGCUCGCGUUUCGACACAGGCCGCCGCUCGAGAUCGCCGUCGCGCAGAGAGUCCGAGGCGCAUCGUGAACGCAGCCCGGUGACUCGUGAGGCCACGGACAGCCCGUCAAACGCUGGCACAAAGAACAAGGCCGCGGCGGCGGCGGCGGCGGCUGCGAGGAUCAACGCGCAGAUCCAGGCGAAGAAAGGCAUCCAGCAUGUCGAUGUGCCGCCCAUUCGCUCUGCGCCCACUCCUCCAGUCGUCCAGUCGCCGUCCACCAAGCCGAAUGAGCCUGUCUCCAGCGAGGUCUACCAGCAGGACGGUGACUACAUCAAGGACAUUGAAAUCAACGAUCUUAGAAAUCGCUACACCUUGACCAAGGGACCUGUACAAAAAAGGAUCAAAGACGAGACUGGCGCCGAUGUCACUACUCGAGGAGAAUACUACCCGGACAAGAGCAUGGCUACUGCUGCUAACCCUCCUCUCUACCUCCGUGUGACUAGUACAUCCAAAGAGGGACUCGACCAAGCUGUCAAGAUGAUUGAGGAGAUGCUGACACAGGAACUACCUAACUUGGUUGAUGAACGUCGCUUCCGUCGCCGUGAGCCUGAGAACUUUGAGCGCGACGAGUUUGGUCGCCGCAAAUGGCCCGAGGAGAAGCUCUUUGUGGGCUUGGAGCCCAUCAGUGGUUUUAACUUGCGAGCACAGGUUGUUGGCCGUGGAGGUGACAAUGUCAAGUACAUUCAACAGGAAACAAGUUGUAAGGUCCAGAUCAAGGGUCGCAACUCAGGUUUCAUGGAGCCUCAAUCCGGCCAGGAAGCUGAAGAGCCCAUGUACCUUCACAUUGCUGGCCCUCGACCAGAAGGCGUAGCCAAGGCCAAGGAGCUGUGCACCGAGCUGCUGGAGAAGGUGAAGGCCGAUUAUCAAGCAUUUAAGGAGCGCCCGCCACCGAAUCGAUACGGUGAUAGGGACAGCUAUGGUGGUGGCGGCGGCGGCGGCGGACGAGGUUAUGGCGACCGCGGCGACCGCGGCGAUCGCGGUGACCGUGGUGAUCGCGAUCGAAGUCACAGCUACGGAUACGGAGGUGGAAGUGCUUAUGGCGGCGGUUACGGUGCACACAACGGUGCUGCUGACACUCCUGCCACGCCUGUUGGUGCCACAGAUCCGAACGCUCAUGCCGCUGACUACACCGCUCAGUAUGCCCAAUGGGCCGCUUACUAUGCUGCCAACCCAGCCGAAGACCCUUAUGCUGCCUAUGGGGGCUUUACAGCAGUAAUGGCGCAGUACCAACAGGGUGGCUACGGACAGUACUACGGUCAAGGUUACACAGGGCAGACACACUCUCCCGCACCUGGCGUUGGGGCUGCAGCACCGCCGCCACCACCCGCAGAGCCCGCAGGCUAUGGAGCUCCACCUCCACCUCCACCACCGGCUGGGUCGCCAGGUGCUGGCUAUGGCGCACCUCACCUCCUCACCUCUCGUCUCCCCACCCAGGCACGAUGCCUCGCUACCUCUACCUCCAUACCAAAUGCCCGCAACGUCGACAUUGCCUCGCGAACACCCCCGUACAAGAAGCUUCUUGGCCGUCUUAGUGAAGUCCGCCGCGUCCUCGGUUCCUCGCGCCAGCUCACCCUCGCCGAGAAGAUCUUGUACUCGCAUUUGGAUUCUCCCGAGGAAUCACUCCUGACCAACACGAACAAUGGAAGGGAUAUUCGUGGACAAGCCAACUUGAAGCUCAAGCCGGAUCGCGUGGCCAUGCAGGAUGCUAGCGCGCAGAUGGCGCUUUUGCAGUUCAUGAGCUGUGGACUGCCGGCUACAGCAGUACCCGCCAGUAUUCACUGUGACCAUCUCAUCGUGGGUGAGACUGGUGCAGAUGCGGAUCUGCCCAAGUCGAUCGCGAACAACUCGGAGAUCUUCGACUUUCUGGAGAGUGCGGCGAAGAAGUAUGGUAUCGAGUUCUGGCCACCUGGUGCUGGUAUCAUCCACCAGUCUGUCUUAGAGAACUAUUCGGCUCCUGGCCUCAUGAUGCUUGGAACAGACAGCCACUCGGUCAAUGCUGGCGGGCUCGGCGCUAUUGUUAUUGGUGUCGGUGGUGCUGACGCUGUCGAUGCUCUUGUCGACGCACCGUGGGAGCUGAAGGCCCCCAAGGUUCUCGGUGUCAAGCUCACAGGUGAACUGAGUGGAUGGGCAUCACCCAAGGACGUCAUCUUGAACUUGGCUGGGCAGCUUACCGUCCGCGGUGGCACUGGCUACAUUAUCGAGUACUUUGGAGAAGGCAUCAAGUCCUUGAGUGCCACUGGCAUGGCUACGAUCUGUAACAUGGGUGCUGAAGUUGGCGCCACGACUUCCUUGUUCCCCUUCUCGCAGGCUCACAUUCCCUACCUCCAUGCAACAAACCGCGGAUCGAUCGCCGAAGCUGCACAGAAGAUUGCUCAGUCGCCGAUGGAGCGCAAUCUCCUGCAAGCUGAUCCCGAAGCCGCCUACGACAAGGUCAUCGAGAUCAACCUCUCCACUCUCGAGCCUCACAUUAACGGUCCCUUUACACCCGACCUCUCUACACCUCUUUCCAAGUUCAAGUCUGUUGUCGAGGAGAAGGGAUGGCCGCAGACAUUCGGUGCUGGCCUGAUUGGUAGCUGUACAAACAGCUCGUACCAGGACAUGCAGCGCUCAGAGCAUAUUGUCAAGCAGGCGGCCGCUGCUGGCUUGAAGCCAAAGGCCAACUUCUUCAUCACGCCAGGCAGCGAACAGAUCAGAGCCACUCUUGAGAGGGACGACACCAUCAAGACCUUUGAGACUGCUGGCGGUACUGUUCUCGCCAACGCUUGCGGACCUUGCAUUGGGCAGUGGACCAGGACCGAUGAGGUCAAGAAGGGCGAGUCCAACGCUAUCUUCACAUCGUACAACCGUAACUUCCCAGGCCGCAACGAUGGCAACCGCGCUACGAUGAACUUCCUUGCCUCUCCCGAGCUCAUCACCGCCAUGGCCUACUCUGGAUCCACCACCUUCAACCCCAUGACUGACAGCAUCAAAACACCAUCUGGCGAGGAGUUCAGAUUCCAGCCACCUCAGGGUGUGGAUCUGCCAGGAGCAGGAUUCGAGGAAGGCAGGGCUGAGUUCCUUCCCACACCAGGCGUUCCUGAUUCCAGUGUCGAAGUCCAGGUCAGCCCUACAUCUUCGCGACUGGCCCUCCUCGAGCCCUUCUCGCCUUUCCCCACGUCUGAUCUAAAGGGACUGAAAGUGCUUUACAAAGUCAAGGGCCAAUGCACCACAGAUACCAUCUCUGCUGCCGGUCCGUGGCUCAAGUACAAGGGACAUCUGCCCAACAUUUCUGAGAACACCUUGAUUGGUGCUGUCAACGCCGAGACUGACGAAGUCAAUGUUGCCUACGACAACGACGGCUCCAAGACCUCGAUCCCUGAGCUUGCCAAGCGCUGGAAGGAGCAGGGUACCGAGUGGCUUGUUGUCGCUGAGCACAACUACGGCGAGGGUUCUGCCCGUGAGCACGCUGCUCUGCAACCCCGGUACCUCGGCGGCCGCAUCAUCCUUACCAAGUCUUUUGCACGCAUCCACGAAACCAACCUGAAGAAGCAGGGUAUGGUACCGUUGACAUUUGCUAACGAGUCCGACUACGACCUGAUUGAUGCCUGUGACGAGGUCUCUACAAGAGGACUGUUGGAGACGCUACAGAAUGGCGGGAAGGGCGAGAUCGAGCUUAUUGUCAAGAAGAAGGAUGGCAAGGAGGUUGUCGUCAAGACCAAGCAUACCCUCACCAAGGACCAGAGUGCGUUCGUGCUUGCGGGCAGCGCUCUAAACUUGCUUGCUGCACAGGCAGCGGAGUCGAGAGAAGAAAUCACUCGUGCAAAUGAGCUCUCCGACUAAGCUCUUCGUUCUGUCUGUUCAUGGAAAAGCCACGGCGCAGGCGGUGUUUGUGUAUAUAUGUAGCAAUUACUAUGCUGGAUCUUUGGAAAUAUAAAGACUACAUUCGACAUAGUGACAAGCCUAGGAUUUGGCAG